AUGCGGCGCAUCGCCUUUAUUUUUCCGACCCUCAGUCGCGUGGCCGCAGGCCGCGGCGGCGCUACCACCACCACCACCACCACCACCAAGCCCGGCAGUAGCAGCAGCAGCAACCUCAAGCUGGAAGAGUUGGCCGGGGCGUACUCGCAACUGACGCUGAAGGAGCUCUCUGAGCUGCAGCGGCUGAUCUUCAAGAAACUCGGACACACUGACGAGUUCUACGAGAAAGCCCUUUUGCGCGGCCUCGGUGGCGGCGGUGUUGGCGGCGGCGUUAUGAUGCCAGCGCACGCCGCGGCGGCGAUGGCAGCAGCGGCGCCGGGGGCGGGGGCUGCAGCGGCCGAGGAGCCCUCGAAGACGGAGAAGAAAAAGGUGGAGAAGUCCACGUACGACGUCAAGCUGGCGAAGUUUACGCCGGACAUUAAGGUAAAGCUAAUCAAGGAGCUCCGCUCCGUCACCAGUCUUUCCAUCUCGGACGCGAAGAGCGCCAUCGAAAAGUGCCCGGGGCUGGUUCAGACAAACAUGCGGAAGGAGGAUGCGGAGAAGCUCAAGGGGCUCUUCGAGAAGCUCGGUGCCACGGUGGAACUCAUUUAG